AUGGCAGCCAAGAAGCCGGCAGUCACUCAUGUGAUAUUCGAUUUCGAUGGUCUACUAGUUGACACUGAACCCAGUUAUACACUUGCCAAUCAAGCUAUGCUUAAUAAAUUUGGCAAGCAAUUCACCAUGGAAUUGAAAGGAGGAAUGAUGGGUCGCAAGAACAUGGAGGCAAUCGCCUGGCUGUUGGAUCAGUACGAUGUCAUGUUGGCCGAAAUGUUUCGCAAGUGUGGUAGCUUGCCAGGUGCUGAACGUCUCGUACGGCAUCUAGCCAGUAAAGGUGUUCCCAUGGCCAUUUGCACAGGAUCCUGCAGUCGCACGUUUGCCCAGAAAGCUGAAAAUCAUAGAGAUUGGAUUGACUUAAUACCUAUCCAUGUGUGUAGCGGCGAUGAUGGAAGCAUUAAGAGAGGCAAACCGUUUCCCGAUCCUUUCCUUGAAACAAUGAAGAGGUUUCCUGAUCCGCCUUCCGAUCCGUCUCACGUGCUCGUUUUUGAAGAUGCUCCGAAUGGUGUAAUGGCUGCUCACGCCGCGGGAAUGCAGUGCGUAAUGGUGCCGGAUCCGGUGUUCCACAAAGGGGCGGAACUUUUAUGGUAUGACAUAAUUGCUAUAUUUCUGAUAUGA